AUGUCUACAUCUGAAACUCGUCAAAAGCCAAAUCUUCUGAUAACUGGUACACCUGGUACUGGGAAAACUACUCUUUGUGAAACAUUGUCAGAAAAAUUAAGCUUUGAUUAUAUCAAUUGUGGUAAAGAAAUCGUUGAGAAUAAUUUAUAUGUCGAAUAUGACGAAGAGUUUGGUAGUUAUAUACUUGAUGAAGACAAAUUCUUGGAUCAUAUUGAAGAUAGGAUGAAUUCGGAAAGUGGAGGAUAUAUAGUGGAUUAUCAUGGUUCCGAUUUUUUCCCAGAAAGAUGGUUCGAUUUUGUCUUUGUUUUACGAUGUAACAAUACGCUUCUCUAUGAUCGGCUUUCUGCUCGUGGUUAUAAUAAAAAGAAAAUUGAAGAAAAUAUUGAAUGUGAAAUAUUCGGAUCACUACUGGAAGAAGCGAAAGAUUCAUAUGAUGAAAAAAUCGUUUACGAAUUACAAAACGAAACAGUCGAAGAGAUGUUUUACAAUUUGGAUAGGAUAUGCCAAUUAGUUUCGGAAUGGAAAAAGCAGUGA